UGCAUGGUUGCACAUCCUUUACAACCUCAUCUUGUUGCUACUGGGACCAAUGUUGGUGUUAUUGUCAGUGAAUUUGAUCCAGGAUCUCUUCCUCCUGUUACUCCUCUCCUAAUGUCAGCCGAAAGUCGAAACCUUUCUGCUGUCUGCAUUCUUGCUAAGGAGCUGAAGCUAUUAAAUUUUCAAUUGUCCAACACAACGGAUCCAUCGCUUGGAAAUGAUAACUCUUUAUCUGAAACAGGAAAUUUAAAGGGUGAUUCACUUGAACCAUUGCAUGUGGCUCAGACUAGAAAGCGCAUUAAUGCACCUGUUCCUCAUGAUUCAUAUUCAGUUCUUUCAGUAAGCAGUUCUGGAAAGUAUGUUGCUAUUGUGUGGCCUGAUAUUCCUUAUUUCUCAAUCUACAAGGUUAGCAAUUGGUCCAUUGUUGAUUCAGGGAGUGCAAGGCUUCUGGCUUGGGAUACAUGUUGUGACAGAUUUGCUAUAUUAGAGUCUACAUUACCUCCUAGAAUGCCAAUUAUUCCCAAAGGAAGUUCAUCAAGAAAAGCUAAAGAAGCAGCUGCAGCUGCAGCUCAGGCAGCAGCAGCAGCAGCUGCUAAUUCUGCUUCUGCUAAUGUUCAAGUCCGCAUUUUGCUAGAUGAUGGAACAUCAAACAUAUUAAUGAGGUCCAUAGGUAGUCGCAAUGAACCGGUAUUUUAAUCUCCUUGCGUAAUGUAUCUGUUACUUCAUUUCGGUAGAAUUUGAUUCAUUCAGGAUGCAUUGGUUCUUCAAAUAUGAGAGAUGAUUUCUUAGCGCCAAUGUGUAUGUAACAAAAUUUUUAUACAAAUUAUGUUUUCU